AUGGGAGGAUUCGAGGAAGCUUCAAUGUUCAGUCGACCCCGCGCAAAGCUCGGUGUUCCAGACGCCGUCGAAUGCCGUGGCUCAAACGAGGUGCUCAACCGACGACGAUGGAGCGUUGAUUGCUCGAUUGAAACGCCGAUUGGUACAUUGGCGUGCUCCAUGACCAAUGGCCAAGUUCUCGUUGGUCCAUGGCACCACGACUGCCUCGGUGCCGCUGUACCUCUACGGAGUACCAAGGUACCAUGGUACAGGGGUAAGCUUAAGCUUGGCGGCUCCGGCCUGCAGCUGUUGUCUCAGCGAUCUCUCAUCUCUCAUCGACUUCACCAUCUCUUUUGA